AUGGCUUCAUUCGUGCGUCCGUCACUGUUCAAGCAGACCCUUGCGACCCGGUCGCCCCUCCUGCGCCAGAAUGUCGGCGUGUCGCAGAUGGUGGCUUUCCACGCCUCUGCUCGGAAGCAGAUCCUGCCCCCGUUGCCUCAGUCGAUCGAAGGAACCAUGAACGACCCUGUUCCCGUCCCCAAGCCUCACCCCUCCGAGGGUAGCUAUCACUGGACUUUCGAGAGAGCCGUCUCCGUUGGUCUCAUCCCCCUCAGUAUCGCUCCCUUCGCCGCCGGCUCCCUCAACCCCGUCAUGGACGCCAUCCUCUGCACCCUCUUGGUUGCUCACUCCCACAUCGGAUUCCAGGCCGCCAUCAUCGACUACUUCCGUCCCAAGCGUGUGCCCAAGACCUACUCGCUUUGCCAAUGGCUUCUGCGCGCGUUCACUCUGACCACCGCAGUCGGCUUGUACGAGUUCGAGACCAACGAUGUGGGCGUCACCGAGGCCCUGCGCCGGAUCUGGAACGCAUAG